ACCUCAGCGGAUUUUGAAGAUUUUCGUCCGGCACUUGUCGCUAAUUGUGUCUUCAACAGCUUUUUGUCUUAUACAAACAUCUUUUUGAACAUCAUUACCGUCCAUGCGAUAAGGAAAACCGCGUUGUUGCCAAAACCUUUGAGAACAUUAUUACUGAGCCUGGUUGCCACCGAUGUUGGGGUUGGUCUGUUGGUCCAACCACUCUACAUUUUUACCUUGGUCAGCAGAUUAAAGCGAAAACGAAUCGACUGCAUUUACGACAAGGCAUUGUCCGUCGUCAUCAAUUUCUUUUGUGUAUCCUCGUUCUUUAAUGUUGUAACCAUAAGUGUGGACAGGUUCUUAGCUGUUCAUCUUCAUCUCAGAUAUCAAGAACGUGUCACUCACAAGCGUGUUAUUGCCGCCGUGAUAUCAAUAUGGCUGUUAAGCGCAAUUAUUUCUUCUAAUGUCUUUUGGGAUCCAUUGUUUAUCAUCUUGCUAGUCAUAGGGCUCGUGACUAUAACUGGUUGCCUCAUUCUAGUAGUAAUUGUCUACUGGAGGAUUUAUAUAGUCUUAAAGCGACACAAAAGCCAGAUUGAAGAACUUCGAAUCCAAGAAGUACAACAGAGAGUUCAAAAUGGCGACUUAUCAAACUUUUUGAAGCUUCGAAAGUCAGCUCUUGGAACAUUUUACGCAUGUAUUGUGUUCUUGAUUUGUUAUUUGCCUUCCUAUAUUCUCUCUUUUUUAUUCCUGGCUCGCCUUUUAAGUUCAAUCUCUUACUACAAAGCUUGGCCCCAUACAACGACUUUGUUUUUCCUCAACUCGUCUUUGAACCCUGUUAUAUACUGCUGGAAGAUGAGAUCCAUUCGUCGCACUCUUAUGGACACAAUGCGAGGCAUCAUCAAUCGGUUCAGAGAAUAG